GUUUAUUUAAUUGGUACUAGUUCUCAUCAACUGGUUGGAUGCAAGUUACCAUCAAACAAACAAGUUUUAUCGGUCCUAUUUUUUAAUAUUCGAGAAGUCAAGUUAAGUUUACGUGAAAGUGCGCGGUUAGUGAUUGACGAAACGUUAAUAUUUUGGAAAAAAGCCCGAAUACCGACUAGGGAAGUUCGUAAUUGUGUACCAAUGUUGGAAGAGUUGUACAAUACAUGGCGAAGUUUGCAGAAAAAUUCAAGUCGGAGAACAAAUACUCAAAUUAAAAAUGAAAAUGAGUUUGUACAAUGUUUUGACGAACUAUUCGACAUUGCCCAUGCAGAUGCAUUGGAUAUGAUGACUAUUGACAUGGACAAACAGUUUUUAAUUACUCAGAGACAAAAAGGUCGUCCAGGAGCGAUGAUGGGCGUCGAUUGGACAAGUCAAAAAAGAGAAUUUAAACGAUCUAAACAAUUAGAAGAAUCUGAAAAAAAAAGAAAACUUAAUGAAAACAAAAUAAAAUCUAUCUGUAAGUAUUUCGUAUUUUGUGUUUUUAUAGUUUGUCGUAUAAUAAGUACUUUUAAAUAAUAUAAAAUUACGAAUUAACUUUUAGUUGAAUCUGUGGAAUUAUGUUCUUCGAGUGAUACAGAAGAAAGUUUGUCUGAUGAUUGUGAUUUAGCCCAAAACAUACAAGAUAAUACCAAAAACUCUAUUACUGUGGAAAGCUGUGAAGAUUCUGCCGGCCCUUCAACUACUAGACGAGGAAGAACAGCAUUCAUCAACGAUAAACUGUUUUAG